GUUAAGCAUACACGACGCAUUGAAACGCACGGCACGGCAGGGUGGAAAGCCGGGCCCACAUCCGGGAUGGUGUACCAUUUCGUGCAUGCAAAUGGGUGUCUUGGUGUUCUGUUUGCGCCUAGCUUUGCGCGUUGGAGUUCCUGAUACAUAGCGACCUGUUUGCAGCAUCAAGCGCGUUCUAGAAACGAAUUCUUGGGACUCGAGUCCUGGCUUGUUGUCCUAAUCGCGUUUAGGGCGCAUUUCGCCAGGAAUAAGCAAACAUGAUUGCAAUUCGCACUGCCCACAUGCUGAGCGGAGCCCAGCGCGCGGGAUCGGGCACCCGGGUGCCCCGGUGCAGCGCUCGCUCCGUCCGCGUUGUGCCCCGCGCGGCUACUUUCGAGGGCUUGAUGGACGAUGCCAGCAAGGCCAAGAUGGAGGAGCUGGAGCGGCGCUUCAAGAUGGCUGAUGUGGACGGGAACGGCCACAUCGAUCGUGAGGAGCUGCGUAACCUGCUGGAGUCCAUGGAGAGCGGCGAGGUGUAUAUGAUGAGCCAGCACUGGCUUCCUGAGGACGAGCUGGAGCGCUGCAUGGAGCAGUACGACGUCAACAAAGACGGCGUCAUCAGCUUCGAGGAAUUCAAGCAGAUCAUCUAUGACGGGCUGCUGCUGGAGGGCACCCUGGCCGAGUACGAGAGCGCCUUCAAGGCGGUGGACAAGAGCGGCAACGGCACCAUUGGCGCCACCGAGCUGAGCAAGCUGUUUGCCUCGCUGGGCAACCCUGUGUCGCUGGAGAAGCUGGUUGACCUCAUGCAGAUGUACGACAAGGACGACAGCGGCCAGAUCGAGUUCCCCGAGUUCCUGCUCAUGUUCCGCAACAGCCUGCUGGACCUGAAGGACAUGACCACCUACAUGACGCUGGACGAGGCGGGUGCCGGCAGCAGCGGCAGCCUGGUGGACGCUGUCGAGGGCGACAUGACGCUCAUCUUCAGCGAGGAGGAGCUGGACGCGCUCAUCUCCGCCAACCCCGACAAGCUGGUGGUGGUGUUCGGCGCGCUCACAUGGUGCCGGCCCUGCAAGGGCAUGCAGCGGCCCGUGCAGAAACUGGCGGAGCACUACAAGGACCACAUCGUGUUUGUGAAGCUGUUCGGUAACGCCAACAAGCAGACCAAGCGCAUCUUUAAGGAGCGCUUCCAGAUCCGCUCCACGCCGUGCUUCAUCACGCUGCGCAAGGGCGAGCCCGUGUACACACAGACCGGGUCCAACAAGGAGAAGCUUGAGGCGGGACUCCGGUCGCUGAUCGCCAACCCGCCCGUGGGUAUGAUCUACCCGUCUGCGGAGGCGCUGGCGGCCCUGUAACGCGGCGGUAGCAGUAGCAGCAGCAUGGUGCUAGGAAGAGGCGGCGGCUGCGGCAACAGCAGAGUGACUGUAGCAGCAGGAGCGGCGGCUGUAGCAGCAGGAGCGUGUGUGCAGAGUCUGGCGGGCAGCGGGGCAAGAGGCGGAGGCAUGGCAAAAGGGCACGUGCGACGGCAGGACAGACUUGAGCAAGCCGCGGCAACGCACAGUUAAAGUUAAAACAUGAUUUGUUUUUGCAUUAGAGCUGUCAAAGGACUGCCUGCAGUUUUGAUGAGAGGAGGGCGCGGUUGAAGUGCAGCAAUAAUGGUUUUGAGGCCUUAUCAAAGGGCAGGCGCACGGUGGGGGGGGGCAGUCCUGGGCCUUUGGGGUGAGAUGGAAUGUCGGUUGGCUCACUCGCAGGCUGUGUUGGUGGCAAUGGUUACGGCGCGCAGAGCGCGUUCGAGAUUCAGACCGGUGUGAUUGCGGCCGAGGCAUCUGUUGCAGUCAGCCUGGCAGCGACUGAGCAUGUUUAGGUCGGGGCCAUGUGCCAGUAUCAGAUUGGGAUCAGUUUUGUUCUUCUGGUGUUUUGCGAAUGGGCUGCUGGCGGGUUUGCCGUGGACCAGGCAGGGGCGCCACAGCGUCGGGCAAGCCGAGCCGCGGGUUUGCGACUUGGCGUGUGAGUUUGGCCGUCUGGCGUACAUUCCCUGGUGUCUGUGCCCAUGAUUGCAGCUAGGGGUUUGUGGCGGCAACGAAGCAGCGUCAAUUGUUGUCUUCAUCGCAUUGGGGCGGUGAGGCUGUAUCGGCGAUGCGGCGACGCGUGGCCUCAGGCGGUGAGGAAGUGGACCAGUGGACGUGGGUUGGGUUUUGCGGGGACAGCCCCGCCGAGGGCGGCGGGGCUAAAGUGGCAUAGCAGGGCACAGGCGCAGGUGACAGGGCCAUGAAAGGACAAGCACUUUGGUACGGCAUGACUUGCCUGUGCUGCUCUGUUCUUCAGGCGCGAGGUUGGAUACGGUGUUGGGCGCUCGGGCGGAUGGGGUGGUGUGUGUGUGUGUGUGUGGGGGGGGGGGGGGUUGACCGAGGCGUGAGGGCCAGUUCCAGGGCGAACUGUCAGUCAACAUUACUCACAUGGGUUCUGCACGACUCCAAGAGCAGUCAAGAGCGCAUUCGAAGCAAAGCACUGAACCGUAUCAUCAUCACAGCGCGGCCCUGCGCUACGCUUGCCGCGCUUGCCGAGCGCGAGAAGCUUCGCUGAAAGCUAU